AAUGCUCUAUUUGCCUAACCAUUACCAUUCUUGAAAAGAUCUGGGAUGGGACUGCGGUAUUUCAAGUCAACCGUGUGUUACUUAUAAACCACAUAAAUGCCUUAAAUAGAUCUAGUCUUUUUGAAAACUGUAUAUUCUUUUUCAUUCCUUGUACUUAUGUAUUUUUGAAAACAGUAUUGCUGAGAUGGUUGGUGAAAUUGUGUUAUCAUGUCACCUACAAAACGGAUAUUGUUUUGGGAUUCUGCACGGAGGAGGCAAUGAAGUCUUAUCCAUCACUAUCUGUUUGUACUGUGUUAUUCUGUCUGUCAUGUAUAGUGGGAGUUGUCACUGCUACAAACCCAUACCAGAAACCCAGCUUCUUGGAUUUUGACUCAUGGUUUUGGCACACUCCUCGAGGGCCACAAAUGUUUUCCUGCAUUACCUACAUGGAGAAGAACCUUCGGGUUGAUUGUGAAUUCCCAGAGAUGCACAAAAUCCCUGGGCCAUUUUGCGAGUUUAAACAGGAUGGGCGACUUAUGGGAUCCACCUACCCAAACACUCCGGUUCAGCUGAUACCACCUAUCGAAACUCGGCGCCGAGUCAAUGUCUCCUUGGUGGCCCCUAACAUUUGUCGCCUCACCUGGAUGCCACUGUCAGAUGACCGUGCAUACACUUAUACAUGCAGAGUUUACCAGGGCAGCACCUGGAAAGAGAACAGUAUGGCGUUCCAUCAAAGAAAUCUUCUGGUGUGCUCUGCCUUAAGCCUACUGUUCCACACAGGACCAUGGAUACUUGGAGUUGUCAUAUCACUUCCUGUGUCUCUGGGGGUCCUUUCAGGAUGAUCAGCAGGCUAAAACAUUUCAUCUACUCUCAAAUUUUUUGUUUGGUUUUAAAGGGCACCUAUUUCAAUGCUUAAAACAAUGUUAUUUUGUGUAUUUGGUAUAAUACAAUGUGUCCGCGUGGUUUAUCUUCAAAAAACACAUUAUUUUACACAUACCGUACAUUUUUGUAGCUUUAGAUUUUCCUUUCUUUCUGAAACGUACGGAUUUGAAAAGAUUUGUGUCCCUGAUUUCCAGCUAAUUUAUACAUUGUGGCCUGAAUAGCUCUGACGUCAGCCGGAAAUGUGACGCUCCUUACCAUGUCCAAUCCAUGUCCAUGUCACCAAUCCCAGGAAGUAAACUUUUGCCUACAAUCCGUGUGUUUGUUGUAGUCCAAGAAAAGAGAUUUAUGUUGGAGACGAUAACUCGCAUCAUCGUUUACUUUGGGGUUUGUAACUUUUGCAUAUCGUAACAUGUACUAAUACAGUGGUUUUCAAACUGGGGGCCGCAAGAUGAUGCCAGGGGGGCCCCAGUUUUAUGACAUUUUAUGAAAUACAUUAAUUUAUCUGUGUAGUUAAACCUAAGAAUAUAAGGCUACUAACCAAAAGCACUUUUGUAUAAUUUAAUGUUUUUUUUUUAUUAAAAUGUUGAGUUUUAGAACAGUUUUUGUCACAAAUUUUCUUUGGGGGGCCGCCAAGGAACGCACCGUACACAAGGGGGGCCGCACGCUGAAAAAGUUUGGGAACCACUGUACUAAUACACACUUACACACCAAAGUAAAUGUAAAAUCGUGAAUCGGACAAUAGGUGCUCUUUAAGUGUCUAACAUAAAGGGGUGGUUUCCCGGACAUGGCUUAUCCUAGUCCCAGACUAAAAUGCAUCUUUGAGCUGCCUUAAUUUAAAAACACCUUGACACAUCUUAACAUAUAUCAGUGCCAUUGUUUUGUCUCUACAUGCACACCAUGUAUUGCAUUUUGUAAGGUUUGUUUGUAAAAACAUUUAAAUAUCCUAUUAUAACCAAGCCCUAGUCCUGGAUUAAUCUAAACCCUGUCUGGGAAACCGCCUCUUAAGCUUCUAACAUUGCGGCUGUUUGGGUUUCUAUUGUCUUUACAUCAUCAGUAUUCAUUGUAGAGAACAAAUUAGACUCAGAAAACAUUGCACAUGUGGCCCACUCAAGCUACGUUGAUCUAAAAUCUUUUAAUCUGACUUUGCUAACAAAUGAAGUUGUUGUAGCAACUAUUUCUGUUACAGGACAACCUGAAGAUCUUUAACAGUCAGAUUUGUGUUGUUGAAUGCAAAGUAGCAUGCCAUAAAACAAUUCCAGACUUGUUUGUCAGUUUAACACUGCAUUGCAAUCAUACUGCCAUCCUGCUGGCAUCAAACAGUAAAUGCAGAUACUUGAAAUGAUCUGACAUCUAAAACAUAACUAACAUAAAAUUUUCUCCGUUAUCAGAUUGUUUGAUAUUGUUUUGAUAUAUGAACCUUUAUGCGAUAUUCAAUCAUGUGCUUCCUUUACAAAUCACAAAAAGCAAUCAUACAGUCGCUCAAUAAGAUGUUAUAGUUUAUAUUGUUGACAUUUUUGUAAUGUUUCUAGAAAUACCUGAGUGAUUCAUUAUAAGAGUAAUCCGUAUUCUCAAUGGUGGCUGGCUGGUUUAUCGAUCCUUACUAUUUGUCAGUGCAAAAUGCAUUAUAGGGCUGCUACCAUUCUGUUAUUGCAAUAACAACUCUGUUUAAUGCUUAUUUUAAUGGAGAGCUCUUUGAAGGACACUCCUGCUGACAUAUUGUAUUGCAGCACUUGCACAUGAUGCACAGAUCAAAACUGCAUAUCCUGUUAACACAAACAAUUCAAGGACAUAAAUUUGCUUUAAAAGUACAGAUAUUCAUACGUGUUUUCCAUUAUGAUCGCAUGCACAGUGCAGCUUCUUUAUGCACAUGUUAAAUUGUGUUCAUACAAAGUGUAGCUGCUUUCGCACAUGCCUCCCUGCACUAACCCUAUGUGCCUUAGGUUAUAUUAGCAAAACUGAGCUUUUUCUGUGUGCUGCAUAGUCUGUUCUGUUUGAUUUAGGCUAAAAUGGCUCACAAAGUUUGCAUUGCAAAAUACUCAAGCACUAACAUGCACAUUUCAUGCACUUAUAAUUGUGUGGGAAAACCUCGGUAUUCCCUAUCCAGUAUAUUCUGCUAUCUCAUUGUUAUUGUCUGAAGGAUCUAUAGCGCAGAAAACAAUAAAGAACUGCAGAGUGUAA